AAUUAAACUAAGCAUUUCCAUCGUUCAAGAUUUGAAUAUUACCUAUCUAAGUUCAAGUUCGCCGGGCAUUCAACGCAGAUGGACGAAGCAGAGUCGCAAUCAUUUUCAGUAGACCGCGGGCAAAAUCUCGUUGCAAAGCGCACGGCUUCCGAAAAUCUGAAUACCGUCCCAGAUACCAAAAGAAUCAAAAGCCUUCAUGAUGGUCAAUCUCCACCUAUUGCCCGGACGGUUCUUUUCCCGGAGAAGGUAUGCUUUUUACCAUUAAAUGUCAGAAACAUUCUGACUGUUCUAAAGCCUGCAGUUUUAGAAGAACGAAAUGGCGAGAUUGAAUUCCGAGUCGUUAACAAUGAUGGCACCAGAGAAAAUUGGAUUGUUCUUACAGGUCUCAAAUGCCUGUUUCAAAAGCAACUUCCGAAAAUGCCCAAAGAUUACAUCGCACGUCUCGUCUAUGAUCGCGCUCAUUUGUCUAUCGCGAUCGUCAAAAUGCCUCUGGAGGUCAUUGGCGGAAUAACAUUCCGAGAAUUCCAAGACCGCAAGUUUACUGAAAUCGUUUUUUGUGCAGUCUCAUCUGAGCAGCAGGUGAAAGGAUAUGGAGCGCAUCUCAUGGCCCAUUUGAAGGAUUAUGUCAGAGCUACUUCCCCAGUGAUGCAUUUUCUAACUUACGCUGAUAAUUUUGCCACCGGGUAUUUUCAAAAGCAAGGUUUUACGAAAGAGAUUACUCUCGACAAGUCUGUCUGGAUGGGGUAUAUUAAGGAUUAUGAAGGAGGGACACUCAUGCAAUGCACCAUGCUUCCCCAAAUACGUUAUCUCGAAGUUGGCCGUAUGCUUCGCAAGCAGAAGGAAACCGUACAAGCAAAAAUUCGUUCCUUUAGCAGAGGCCACAUCAUCCAUCAACCGCCUCAGCAAUGGGCAAAUGGCAUUGUUACUCCAAUCGAUCCACUCUCUAUCCCUGCUAUUCAGGAAACUGGCUGGUCUCCAGACAUGGACAAGUUAGCACGAGAACCACGCCAUGGACCUCAUUUCAAUGAACUUCGACGUUUUCUGUUUCAAAUCCAAAGCCACAAACAAGCAUGGCCCUUCCUCAAUCCAGUCAACAAAGAUGAAGUCCCCGAUUAUUACGAUGUCAUUACAUCACCAAUGGAUCUGUCGACUAUGGAAGAAAAAUUGGAACAUGACCUUUAUACCACUCCAAAAGACCUCGUCAGCGAUCUCAAAUUGAUUUUCAGUAAUUGUGGCAGUAUAAUGAUGCCAAAUCGGUAUAUGCCAAGUGUGCAGCGAGGCUGGAGAAGUACAUGUGGUCUCUCAUCAAGGAGAUUCCGGAGUGGUUUGACUUACUUGAAGAAUGAUUCGUGCCAAUACAUCCCUCAAUGGUAGAAUGUCCUUUCGCACCGUUAUGUUGGAGGGUUGUAGAGACUGGGGCGAGAAAAAGAGAGUAGUGAGAAUGGCACCCUGAGUGGUUGAUUGGGAAUAAUUCAAUCCCAGUGCUGUAAGGUCUCAGCCUAGGCAAUUUGUCUGAUUUUCAUUCUGAGUCAAUAGGAGGCUGCGUGUGCUUUGAGAUUGUUAUGACCAGGCCUUGACAAAGGUCACUAGUGGGAAAGGAGGAAUGAGGAGAGUUGGCUGAAGGGGAACAAUUGCACUGACUGCCAAGCGGUGGCGGAACAGUUCCUGAGUAGCCAUGGGUAUAAUUGGCUGGAACGGCAUAUGAAUAAAUUCGAAUCCGAAUCCGUCUGAAGCUCAACCUUCGAAAUAGGGAUUCAAGGCGUGGAUAACUAAGGAAUCAGAGGAUCAGGAUAGCUUCAUUUAGGUAGCUUUAGUAACCGUGCAGCUUCCAAGUCAAAAACAGGUGCUUCUCUCCCGAUAGAACUGCUCAGUCGGAUUCUAGAGUUUGUCGAUUACGAUACUUGGAAGACAUGUUUGGCUGCCGCGACUGAGCUUCGCUCAUGGUGCCUUCGCAAAUACAGGCUUGACGAUCACACGAGCAUCACCGCAGGCCCCUUCGUGAGGCUGCAAACACAUCAUAAUGAACAUCUGCUAUCAUAUAAUUUUGAAGAUGUUCGAACAGGGAAGACCGUUUCAAUGAUACAUCAUCACCCACAUCGCUUGGGAACGGAGUGGAACUGGAGGCUGAUUAUCGGCAGCGGCGAGUGAAAGGCACUCAUUCUGGAUAUAGAUGUUCCGUUUGAGCUAGCUGAAGAUGUGCCAGUGGAGGCUGACAGUGAUGACGGACAGUCUUGAGGUAUGACCUGUUCAAUUGUGGUGAAUUAAAUUUCUUGAAAGGACGCUGAGGGUGGUGUUUCAUUGGCCCAUAGGAUCCAUCGCCUGAGGAAGUGGACAACCACUGCGUACCACUGCGGCACUGCAGGAUAUGGGGCAAAAGGAGAAACUACUCUCAUGGGCCUGGAGGAGGUAGAUCUGCUGCAGAGUGUUACGACUGGUGUUGUCGAA